AUGGCCGUCCGGACGGGGGUGUUCCGUGGAUUGUUCUUCUUUGUUUUCACCCCGAGCUUUCUAGGACAGAGGGCAUUCGAGACUGGUAUCCAAAGGCUCAGCCAAAGUCCCAGAGAGGUUCAGAUCAAAAUUGUCGUCUGCCAUCGCUAG